GUUUUUUCUUUUUUAAGAAAAAAUUGCAUCAGUCGCACCGAGUGUUCGUGUAUUCACUUACAGAGUUACAGGACGAGAACGCCUCUCUUCAAUGGCUUUCAAUGCUUGUUGCCACGAGAUUUAUUCUCCCCAGUUUUUAUGUAGAAUCGACUAUGUUCAAAUCAGAGACCAUCUACCUUUACAGGUUUAUCUGAUUUUUAUCCCCGUCAUUAUUGAUUUCUGCUUAUACCUUCCUUUGUGCGGUUUGAUAUUUGAUUUUAUUUUGGUCAGCUAAAUUUGGAUUCAAAUUUUUGUGGCGUAGAAAUUAUUAUUGAUUUCUACUUGUUAUGGUUUGGGUUAUUUUCAUUGAUAGUUCACAUGUUCGAAUCCGCUGGAAUUGUGAUUGGAUAUUAUAUGGUAGCGGGAUAGGUACUCUCGUUGUUUGCCUAUCAAGCGGGAAGGGGGGAAAAAAAAAAAAAGAAGCAAAUUGUAUGCAGGUGAACAAAAAAUCGAUGCAAAAUUGUUUACAAAUAGGUGUUCAAAUAAGGGAUUGAGUGGGUAAUUCAAUUUCAGUCUCUGUUAAAAGCAUUGCUGUGAGUGAUGUCAAAUAUAUAUUCAUUUGGUUUGUUGUUGAUUGAUUUGGAGUUCUAACAGAAAUUACUGAUUAGAAGCCCUUGAUUUGGAGUUCUAACAGAAAUUACUGAUUAGAAGCCCACAUUGUCUAAUUUUUCAGGGAAGCGUAGUUAUUAGUAUUAUUAUUAUUUUUUGUGAAGAUUAUUUACACAGCAUAAUAAGAUGAUGGUUUUCAAUGGGAUUCUUAAUUUGAUUUUAAAAUACUGAAUAAUUGUUAUUUUUAGCCUUUCACGUAAAGGGAGUUUGGUCAUUACUUCUAAUCGUGAUAUGGGAUGUUAAUUACUCUCUAAGCUUCACUUCUUUUUACAAAUAAACUCUGCAAUUCUGUAGGGCAUUAAAUAUUCUUUUAUCCCUCUUUUCUGAGGACUUUUUCAUGAUAUCAAAUAAAUACGAUGAAGCUAGUAGUAUAUUCCUGAUUUCUUAUGCUGUCUAAAUAUGUCUUCGUGUAUUAAUUACAAGGUAUUAGUUACUAGAGUUUGUCUAGUAAGCCUAUUCUUUUAAAAAUUUCUUCAGUCAAGCUUUUGUUUAACAUCUUCAUGAACCAUUAAUUUUGGAUAAAAUGGCGAUUCUAAAUUGAAGCUUGUUGUAAAAGUAAGAUUACCUUUUAGUUUUUGAGUUUCAUAUUAUAUGUUCGGUCUCAAAUCACUAAAAUUGUAUCUUCACUUUGCAUGAUUCUGAUUAUAAUUGUUUGCUGCUGAAAAUGCUAUUUCUUUUGCUUUCUUUUUCAUUCUAUAUUGGGUUCACCUGCAAGAUAUUGUAGUAGCUACUUUUAGAAGUAAUAUCAUACAAUAAGGAAUGCAGAAGGAUGAGGACUAGCAUAACAUGAAUACUGAGGAGGCAUGAUAGAGGAAAAAAGGAUUUAUAUAUUAAACUCAAACUAGUGUACGACUAAUGUUUAGUUGAAUUGAGUUGAAAUUACUAUCUUAAGCAGAUAAAGAAUAACAAUAAAUGGUAUUGGUUAAACAUGAAAUUAUUAAUUUAUAGAAUAUUUAUUUGUUAAAUAUGAGGGAGUCAAGUUUCACUGAGAUGUUCAUGUGCUUAUACAACAAUAGACAUGGUUUCCAAAACCAUAUUGUAGUUUGCAUUUCACAGUAUGAGAAGUUGUGUGGCUUGGGGGUGACAAAUUCCUGUGGGUGUGAUGUUGAAGCUCUAUGUGGUUGGCAAUUGGCCUAAUCAGAGCCAAGGCACUUCUUAUGGAUCCAUUCCGUAUGCAGACAUAUAAUAUAUAUGUUACUGUUUGGUGGUUGACAAGUGAGAUAUUUUACUUUGAAGAAAUUAAUAGCACAAGUUUUAGUUGUUUGAGUCCUUUGAUUUUUACGUGGUGCGCUUUCUUUGGCAAAGCAAAUAUCUUAGUGUGCAUUGUAUCAGCGUCACUUGACUCACUUGCCACUAAUUCUAUCUUUACGUGUGCGAUGGGACACACUUUAUCCUUUAUGAUGGAGUCGAUUUAUUUAGCUUAUGAGAGUUUCAUGAAUUUUUUUUUUCUGGCAUGAUUCUGCAAAAAUCAUUGAGAGAAACUAUAAAGCUGAGUGCUGGGAUAGAACUAAUAAUAUUGCUAGAAAUAUAAUUAUUAUCUUAAUUUUGCAUGUGUGUUUCCUGUGGCUUGCAUUGUGCAAAUUUUACAACUCUUACUAUGUCAUGUAACUUGUGGAAAUGACAAAUGAUUUAUCACAUUGUGACAUUGCUUAGUUAGUAUUAGAAAAGGACUAAGGGGAAGAGCAUAAAAUGUCACUUAGUUGUGGAGUUAAUUUUUUCCAUGCUAGUGAUAGAUGCAUUAUAACUUAAACGAAUGAAAUUGGAUUUAGAUCUCUACAUGUGAGGAGGUCCCCAAGUUAUCAUCUCCAGCCAUGGCCCAUGCAUGCAUGUUACUUGGGUUAUAUUGUGCCUCAAGCUGUUAAGCUGAUCAUAAAUGGUUAUGAUGUGCAUAUAAUUAGUAGAGACCAUGUUGAUUGUUUGUUUGUAUGGAUUUUAAUUGGUUGAAAUAAAAAAUUUGGUGGAAAUAAAUCUAAGGUAUUAAACUUUUCUCUAUUGACUUCUCUUCAACUAGCAUGAUUGCUUGGAGAUUUUACGAUAUCUCACUUUAAUUAUAACAUGAAAAAAAAAAUAUUGCUCUUGUGUUUUCAGAGUUGCACGUAUGCUUAUACUGAGUGAGAGUAUUGUUUUAUGAUGUGUUAUGUGUGUGCACUCAUGCGCGUGUACGUGUGUUGAUUGGCAGGGAUAUUUUUCUUCCUAUUAAAGUACCUGGUUCAUAUCUUACCAUUAUAUAAGUUUGUGUUUAGAUAUAUGGAUUUGGAUUUGAAAUUCAUAAUUUUAAAAAUAUUUUGUUUGGCUAAUGAAAAAAAUUUAUGAGUCUCAAAUUUAAAAUUUCUUUAUUGCUUUGUUAGGAUGAAUUUGAACUUCAAAUAAUAUAUUCAAUAUCAUUAUUUCAAAUUCAUACAUUUUUUAGUCUUCAUAUUCAUCUUGGAUUUUAUUGAAAUUCAAAUGUAUAUUUUUCUAAACCUCCCGAACAAGAUAUUUAAUCCAAAUCUAAAACCAUGAAUUCAAACGUAAUAUAUAAGGCAAUUUUUCUAGAUUAAGGAACAUAUUUACUUGGCAAGUUUAGUUUGAUAAAAUAAAGUUAGAGCCGCAUUUUAGAAAGAAAAAAAAAACCACCUUUGCAGUAUAAUAUUCCAUUCUGGUAGCUAGUAUUUCUUUGUUUUUAGUUUUACUUGACAAAUGCUUAGAAACGUUAUAGCAACUUAAUAAAAUGAAUCAAGGCUGGAGCUUUUAAUUUAAUUUCUUCAGGUCAUUAUUUUCUUACCAAUUUUUAUGUGCAUUGUAAGAUAUCUUUCUUUAUUGAGGAAUUUUUUAAAAUUUGGUUGCUUAGAUUAGAAAUGUAACUCCGCCUAAGUAGUUUAUGCUUAGCCGUUCCCAAGUCCGGAUAAAGGAGGAGGGUUGCGGUGAGUGACAAACAGCGUAAAAAUUUCGUCACACCUCAUGAUAUGGAUUCAAAUAAUACAGAGUUGCUCAAACUAUAGGGGAAUUAAACUCAUGAGCCAUACUAUGAAAUUGUGGGAGAGAGUUGUGGAGCAUCGACUACGUCAUGAUACUUCUAUCUCUUCCAAUCAAUUUGGCUUCAUGCCCGGUCGUUCAACUAUGGAAGCGAUCUUUCUCAUUAGAAGCUUGAUGGAGAAAUAUAGAGAUAUGAAGAAAGAUCUACAUAUGGUUUUUAUCGAUUUGGAGAAGACUUAUGAUAGUGUUCCAAGAGAUGUCUUAUGGAGAGUGUUAGAACAAAAGAGAGUAUCUAUUAGGUAAAUACAAGUGUUGAAAGAUAUGUAUGAAGGAGCAACUACUAUUGUGCGCACAGUGGGAGGGGACACAAGAGAUUUUCCUAUCUCAAUUGGAUUACACUAAGGUUCAGCUGUAAGCCCUUACCUUUUUACAUUAGUUUUAGAUGAAUUGACAAAACAUAUACAAUAGAGUAUCCCUUGGUGCAUGAUGUUUGCAGAUCAUAUAGUUCUGAUAGAUGAGACGCGAGAAGGAGUUAAUAGAAAGCUAGAGCUUUGGAGAAGUACUCUAGAGUCAAAGGGUUUUAAGUUAAGUAGAACGAAGAUAGAAUACAUGCAUUGCAAGUUCAGUGAAAGCCGAACUGGUGAUAGGGAAGGAGUUAGUUUGGAUGAAGUGGUACUGCCCCAAAAUAAUCACUUUAAAUAUCUCGGUUUAAUCCUUCAAGUAGAUGGGGAAUGUGAGGAGAAUGUUGGUUAUAGGAUUAAAGCCGGAUGAUUGAAGUGGAGAAGUGCCAUGGGAGUUUUAUGUGAUCGCAAAAUUCCCAAUAAGUUGAAAGGCAAAUUUUACCGUACAGUCAUGCGACCGGCUAUAUUAUAUGGUAGUGAGUGUUGGGCACUGAAGGAGUCGUAUGUGUCUAAGAUAAGAGUUGCGGAGAUGAGAAUGUUAAGGUGGAUGAGUGAUCAUACUAGACUAGAUAAAGUCCGUAAUGAGAGUAUUAGAGAAAAAGUAGGAGUGGUGUCAAUUGAGAAUAAGUUGAGAGAAAGGAGAUUGAAGUGGCUUGGUCAUGUGAAGCGUGGACAAACGGAGUCUCCAGUUAGACAAGUAGAGCACAUUAGGCUAGAGGAUAGAAAGAAAAGAAUGGGUAGACCUAAAUUGACUUGGAGGAAAGUAGUACAAUAUGACCUAGAAGUAUUACACAUUUUUGAGGAUUUAACCCAAAAUCGUUUAGAAUGGAUAAAGAGAAUCCAUAUAGCCGACCCCAAACUCUUGAGAUAAAUGCUUAGUUGAGUUGAGUUGAGAUUAGAAAUGUGGAAUGUAGAUACCCGGUAUGUGACCUACAGUCAUGGAUAUGGUUUGAUUGAUGUUGGAUAUGUUUGCCUGAUGGAUGAUUUAUGAUGCUUAAAUCUUGGUGUUUGAAAAUGUCAAGUGAUGGGAAAUUCUUGUCUAGGCCCAUUCCACCACGGAUCCAUGGCACAAAAUAUGUGCAAGACCCAUCUCAUUUGCAUGUGGGGCCUGCAUGCUUGUGUCUUGGAUUCAUGAUGGACUUAAUUUAGGUGAGAAAAAUCCAUCAAGUGGCAUAAGGUGGUCCUUAAGUCAUUCAGCCAGCAUUGAAUUUUUCUCUAUAGGUAACUUUGGUAGUCUACUAUGCCUAUUCUGGAUUUAACUCCCAUUUCUAUUUAAAUUACCAAACGUCAAGUAUAAAUUAAGGAUGCCAGCUAAGGAUAUUCUAUAUUUAUGAUUUUCCUAGAUAUUCAGCCAAGAGUGAUAGGAUUCUCAUAAUUUCGUGCAUAAUGAAAUAUAUGGAAGGAUUUGGAGGUGACCAAUCCGGGAAUGGCGAUUAUGGAUUUGAGAGCUAGUGAUGACCUAAAAGCCCUAUAAAUCAUCAUGUUUACUCAAGUUUCCUUAACUCGUCUUUCCAUUUAGUUGUUUUAUUGCAGGAGUUGUAAGCAUGGGUCGUAAGAAGACUCAAAUGAAGAUGAUUCAGGGAGGGAAUGCUCGGCAGGUUUCUUUUUCAAAGCGCCGAUCUGGCAUCUUCAAGAAGGCCAGCGAACUUUGUACCUUAUGCACGGUUGAAACUGCACUUGUUGUCUUCUCCCCUGGUGGCAAGGCCUUCUCCUUUGGCCAUCCCUGCUUUGAAGCGAUUAUGAAGAGGCUUGCUGAUGCUGAACCAAGGAAUCCGGAUCCUGACUUUGCUCAGCAUAUGGCUGAGCAUGAGGCCACUCUUAGUGAGCUUAACAAGCAGUAUUCAGAUGCGCUGAAAGAACUGGAAGCUGAAAAGAAGCGAGGAAAGGAGCUAAAGCAAAUGAGAGAGGCUCAGGGCAUGCCAUUGUUGGAUAAACCAAUUGAGGAACUCAACUUGGACGAGCUGGAGACAUUGAAAGCUUUCUUGGAACAAGUCAAGGGAAAUCUACUCAAGCGACUUGGGGAGCUUUCAGUCCAGACUUCGAAUAUGUCUGCAUCCUCUGAGAAUUCUGCUGAAGCCAUUGAUCCUCGUGUUACUAACCCAACUAAUACUCAUGACCAUGGUAUUAGCCAUGAAAAUUGAGUAGAGUCUAUAUAUCAGAGUGGUGGGUGGGGGAGUUUCGCUUAGUUAUUUUGCUGUUAGCAUUUAGUGUUUAUAUCGGCAAUUCCAGUUAUUCUCUCUUUUCACCACUCAGAUUGUGGAUGGAAAUGGAGUAGAAUUGAACAUUUAAUUUUUUAAAUGUUCAUUCUUAAUAAAUGAUUUAUUCUAAUAAAAACAAAGUAAAGAGUUUCAUA